UUUUUUUUUGUGAAAGAUAAACUGGUGGUGGCGCGAACGCGCUGAAAUGACGGUGACCACUAACUUCUCGAUGAUGCGACCUUGUUUCACUGGAUACCCGUUUCAAGAUUUGGGAUCGAUACCAGGUCAAGGACGCGUCAAUCAACUCGGUGGUGUGUUUAUAAAUGGAAGACCAUUGCCUAAUCAUAUUCGUCUAAAAAUCGUGGAGAUGGCAGCUGCUGGUGUUAGGCCUUGCGUUAUCUCGAGACAACUGAGGGUGUCUCACGGAUGCGUGUCGAAGAUUCUGAAUCGGUACCAAGAGACGGGGAGCAUCAGGCCGGGUGUGAUCGGCGGCAGCAAGCCCAGAGUCGCCACUCCUGAGGUGGAGGCACGGAUCGAGGAGUACAAACGCGACAAUCCAGGGAUAUUCUCGUGGGAGAUACGGGACAGGCUGAUCAAGGAGGGAAUCUGCGACAGAACGAGCGCCCCAAGCGUCUCGGCGAUCUCCAGGCUUCUGAGAGGCCGCGAUCCCGAGGACGAGGCAAAACUUGGCGACGGUAAAACCAGUUCCGGAUCCGAUUGCGACAGCGAGCCCGGGAUCCCGUUGAAGAGGAAACAGCGUAGAAGCAGAACCACGUUCACCGCUCACCAACUGGACGAAUUGGAACGCGCUUUCGAGAGGACCCAAUACCCGGACAUCUACACGAGAGAGGAGUUGGCGCAGAGGACGAAAUUAACCGAGGCGAGGAUCCAAGUGUGGUUCAGCAAUAGAAGAGCGAGGCUGAGAAAGCAGUUGUCUUCGACCACUUCCGGCGGUUACGUCAGCUCUGUCGCGUAUCCCGCAGCUUCCUACGUCCUCCAUCCCCCCGCCGCUCCCCAUCCACACGCCGCCACCGCCGUUCCACCGAGUCAUCCGCAUCCUCAUCCCCAUGGACAGAGUCUGCCCGAUACCACCUUCUCCUCGAGUCAAGUUCCAGAACUGUACUCCUCGCACCACGGCACGAUGUCCCACCAGCUGACGCCAGACUCGACCCGGCUCCCUUCAUCCGUCGGCUCGACGCCGACUUACGGACUUCCGGCAUCGGUGACCUAUCCAAGCUCGCUGUUGCCGGCCACGUCGUCCACCAGCACCACCCACAUGAACCACCAAGUGUCAGCAGCCGCUGCGGUGUCCUCGUCCACCUAUCAACAGGCGAGCGGCCAUCAACUUCCGCCAACCCCGAACUCACUGGUCACGAUGAUGGGCCCGAAUUCAGGCAAUUCGAACCCUGCCUCCGACCAACUCACCUCCACGGAUCUGCCGAUCAACAACUCAGUGUCCCCCGCAUCCCAGCAACAGCAGCAGCAACAGCAAACUGGCCAACAAGGGGGGAGUUCGUCCCCGUCGUGGAAUCUUCCCAUUUCCGCAGGCGGAAGGGUUGGACUUCCGAGCCCCCCGCCGGCCCUUCAACAACCUCACGCGCACACCGCGCAUCCCCAUCAAGCUUUCGCGACCCAUUACGGAGCACAAGGCUUCCAACAACCACCCAGACCUGCUCCCCAUCAACCUUUCUACAGCUGGUACUGAGACCAGGUUAGGAAUACCCGCAGAAGGAGAAAUAACAUAGUAAAAUUAAGAUAAA